UCUAUCCUCUCUCUCUCUCUCCUCCUCCAACCACUUCCCCUUGCACACUAGUGUAGCAGUGGUACUAGUACUAGGCCACUGGCACCACUCGUAGCCCCAGAUCAAACGAGAAGUGCGAAGAGGAGAGGGGAGCACGAGAAGAAAAAAAAAAUCCAAGCAGAAAAGGGGAGGUGAAAAGCUCGGGAGAAGUUCGAAGAGGGAAGGGGACGAGGGGGCGCAGCAUAAAUCCCGAGCCCCAAAUCGCAAACCCUAGCCGCUCCCGAUCUGCAAUGCCGCGGGCUUGAGUGCGUGCGCGCGGGGGAUGAGGCGGGUGGCGCCGGCGAUGAUCGCCGCCGGCAGCGCUGGCGGCGAGGAGACGGCGGAAGGUGCGGUGGUGGAGAAGACGCUGCUCAACGGCGACGUCUACCGCGGCGGGUUCUCCGGCGGCUCGCCGCACGGCAAGGGCAAGUACGUGUGGGCGGACGGCUGCAUGUACGAGGGGGAGUGGCGGCGGGGCAAGGCGUCCGGGAAGGGCCGCUUCUCGUGGCCGUCGGGCGCCACGUUCGAGGGGGAGUUCCGCAGCGGACGGAUCGAGGGGCAGGGCGUCUUCGUCGGCCCCGACGGCGCAACCUACCGCGGCGCGUGGGUGGCGGACCGGCGCCACGGCGUGGGCGCAAAGAGCUACGCCAACGGGGACUACUACGAGGGCCAGUGGCGCCGCAACUUCCAGGACGGCCACGGGCGCUACGUCUGGGCCAACGGCAACCAGUACGUCGGGGAGUGGCGCGCCGGGGUGCUCUCCGGCCGCGGCGUGCUGAUCUGGGCCAAUGGCAGCCGCUACGACGGGGUCUGGGAGAACGGCGUCCCCAGGGGGACAGGCGUCUUCACGUGGCCCGACGGCAGCCGGUACGUCGGCUCCUGGCCUGGGAGCUGCGUCGACCUGCCGGCUAUAAGCGGCACGUUCUUCGCGCCAGUCGGCGCUGGGGCUACUGGUCUUGUGAGGAAGAGGUCCUCCGUGGAGGGUGUGGGGGAGAAGGCUACCCCGCGGAUCUGCAUCUGGGAGUCGGAGGGCGAGGCCGGAGACAUCACCUGCGACAUCGUUGACGCGCUCGAGGCGUCCGUGCUCUACAAGGAGGCCGCCGCUGUCGCCGGGGGACCAACGUACAUGCGGAAACUACCGCAGAGGAAUACCCGGCGAGCAGCCAGCGGAAUCCCACGCUGGGCUUCGUCGGCGGCCACCACGCCGGAGAGUAAGCGACCCGGGCAGACGAUCUCCAAGGGACACAAGAACUACGAGCUCAUGCUGCAGCUGCAACUGGGUAUCAGGCAUUCCGUGGGAAAGUCUUCCGCUGUUCCGAUGCGAGCACUGGAACAGGGCGAUUUUGACCCAGGGGAGAAGUUCUGGACACGGUUCCCACCAGAGGGUUCGAAGGUCACACUACCACAUUCAACUGCAGAGUUCCGGUGGAAGGACUACUGCCCCAUGGUGUUCAGGCAUUUGAGGAAGUUGUUUGCUGUUGAUACAGCGGAUUACAUGCUUGCGAUCUGUGGCAAUGAUGCUCUGAGGGAGCUGUCUUCACCCGGAAAGAGUGGGAGCUUCUUUUACCUUACCCAAGAUGACCGGUUCAUGAUUAAGACUGUGAAGAAAUCAGAAGUCAAGCUGCUAAUUCGAAUGUUAAAUAGCUACUACAAACAUGUCAAUCGAUACAAGAACUCGUUAAUCACGAGAUUCUAUGGUGUACACUGUGUGAAGCCCCUUAACGGACAAAAGGUCCGAUUCAUUGUCAUGGGUAAUCUGUUCUGUUCAGAAUACCAGAUUCAUCGCCGUUUUGAUUUGAAAGGUUCAUCCUAUGGACGAACAGCAGACAAGUUUGAAGAUGAGAUUGAUGAGACAACUACACUGAAGGACUUGGACCUCAAUUUUGUCUUCCGGUUGCAGCGAUCUUGGUACACCGAUCUCCAUGAACAACUGAGACGAGACUGCGAUUUUUUGGAAUCGGAAGGGAUUAUGGAUUACAGUUUCUUAGUAGGAGUUCACUUUUGUGAUGACAUCUCUGCCUCAAAGAUGGGAUCGUCUACUUUUACUGCUUCUCCAAAGCUUUUAACAAAGAGUGAGUCAUUUCAAGGUUGUGGCACGCCAGAGCUCUGCUUCUCGGAUGAUGACUUUGAUAUCAUUCCUGAUUGCCGUCGGAAACCUUUGAUUAGACUGGGUGCACACAUGCCAGCCAGGGCAGAGCAAGCAUCCAGAAGGAGUGAAUUUGAUCCGCUUCUCCUUACCGGCGGGGGAUUCCUAUUCCCAAACCAGACCGGUGAAGUACACGACGUGAUUCUCUUUUUCGGGAUAAUUGACAUCCUCCAGGAUUACAGCUUUAGAAAGUGGGCUGAGCAUACUUACAAGUCGUUACAGACAGAUCCCAACUCGAUCUCUGCCGUGGACCCAAAGCUCUACUCGAAGAGGUUUCAAGACUUCAUCGGCAGAAUUUUUGUGGAAGAUGGCUAACAGAAACUGUGUAGAGAUGAACCGCGAAUUCCAUGCGACGAAGGCCAGAGCACCUGCAAUGAUUCCGGGGCAGUAUUUUUUUGCGGGCAGUAAAGAAGUAUACAUACUAAUUGCCAAGAAUCAUCUUCGUCCAUGGGGAUCCGGUAAAGCAGCAGCAGCUCGUCGGCUGGGUGACCUACCGUGAAGCCUCGGUCAUCAGUGAAGGUGAUCUGAGUUCAAAGCAAAUUUGCCGCGAAUUCUCUCCGGAUAUCAUUCGAGUGGCUGGAUUUUGAAGCGCAGCCAUGGGAUGGGAGGAUUUUGUCUGUAAAUUAUGUGUGAUUCGGCGGGUGAGAGAUUGGUUCUUCCGACUCCAUUGUAGCAGUAGUUCCUUUUUUUCCUCCUUAAUUUUGUUGGAGGAUUUCUUUUUUUGUUUCUUUUCCUCCCCUUUAAUUUAAAUAUAUCGGUCCGAUGUAAAGAAAGGGGCAGGGAGUUUUGUUUCCAGAAAAGAGGAUAUUUAAGGCUGCGGCAGGCAGUGAACAAUAAGAUCAUGUACAGAUACACCUUGAUCCUGGGAAUGGGUGGAUUAGAAUUCAAUUCAGCAUCUUCAUGACGCGUGGGGCCUAUACCACUGCUUCAA